GUUGUGUUUAUGGCAUCGUAUUCAUUCAACGGAAGGUGAAAGUCUGCCGGUCUGCGCCAGUGUCUGAUAUCAAUGGCUUUCAGGGCACAAUUUAUUUGAAUGUCUGGACUUUAUACAAUUUCACCCCUAAGAAACCAAUGAUGGAUAUCCUAUGGAUUUUAUGGACACUACUACCCUCGGUCCUGGCUGUUGAAGAAAUGUUGAUGGAUUCCACCACAGCGACCGCAGAGCUUGGCUGGACAGUAUAUCCGGUGUCGGGGACAAGUGACAAUAGUUGGGAAGAAGUGAGUGGCUACGAUGAGAAUAUGAACACCAUUCGUACCUAUCAGGUGUGUAAUGUCUUUGUCGCCAACCAAAAUAACUGGGUGCGCACCAAGUACAUCCGCCGAAGAGGUGCUCAACGCAUUCAUGUGGAGAUGAAGUUCUCAGUACGAGACUGCAGCAGCAUCCCAAGAGUCCCUGGUUCCUGCAAGGAAACUUUCAACCUCUACUACUAUGAAUCAGACUCCGACACGGCCACCAAAGUCUUUCCCCCAUGGAUGGAAAACCCUUGGAUCAAGGUGGAUACCAUUGCGGCCGAUGAGAGCUUCUCGCAAGUAGACCUGGGCGGACGCGUGAUGAAGAUUAACACAGAGGUUCGCAGUUUCGGCCCCGUCUCCCGUAACGGUUUCUACCUAGCCUUCCAGGACUACGGCGGGUGCAUGUCGCUUAUCGCCGUGCGAGUGUUCUACCGGAAGUGCCCUCGCACCAUCCGCAACGGAGCGAUAUUUCAGGAGACGCUUUCGGGAGCAGAGAGCACCUCACUGGUGGCGGCGAGGGGAGUGUGCGUCCCUAAUGCCGAGGAGGUCGACGUUCCCAUUAAACUGUACUGUAAUGGAGAUGGAGAGUGGAUGGUCCCUAUUGGCCGAUGUAUGUGUAAAGCAGGGCACGAGGCUGUGGAGAAUGGAACUGUUUGCAGAGCAUGCCCUUCAGGUUUCUUCAAGACUGCGCAAGGUGACGAGAAAUGCCUGCAGUGUCCAAUCAACAGCCGCACAACCAACGACGGAGCCACCAACUGUGUCUGCCGAAAUGGAUAUUACCGCACAGACUCUGACCCCUUAGAGAUGCCCUGUACAACUGUGCCAUCGGCUCCUCAAAAUGUCAUCUCCAGUGUGAAUGAGACUUCACUGAUGCUGGAGUGGAAUCCUCCGCGGGAGACUGGUGGUCGUGAUGACGUGGUCUACAACAUCAUCUGCAAGAGUUGCGGAGGUGGCAGAGGGGGCUGCACGCGUUGUGGGGACAACGUGCAGUUCGUUCCACGACAGCUGGGGCUCACGGAGAGCCGGGUCUUUAUAAGUGAACUUCUGGCUCACACCCAGUACACUUUCGAAGUCCAGGCUGUCAACGGUGUAUCAGACCAGAGCCCUUAUUCACCCCAAUAUGCAUCAGUCAACAUCACUACUAACCAGGCUGCUCCUUCUACGGUGUCUAUCAUGCAUCAGGUCAGUCGCACCAUUGACAGCAUCACUCUGUCCUGGUCCCAGCCUGACCAGCCCAACGGGGUCAUUCUCGACUAUGAGCUGCAGUAUUAUGAGAAGGACCAGACGGAGCAUAAUUCUUCCAUAGUAAAGAGUCAAACCAACACUGCAGUCAUCCGUGGCCUCAAACCCGGAGGCAUCUACGUCUUCCAGGUCCGAGCCCGUACGGUGGCGGGGUUCGGACGCUUCAGCGGCAAGAUGUACUUCCAGACCAUGACUGAGGAGGAGUACAACACUAGCAUUCAAGAGAAGCUGCCUCUCAUCAUUGGCUCGGCGGCUGCUGGACUGGUCUUUCUCAUUGCGGUGGUGGUCAUCAUCAUCGUUUGCAACCGACGUGGGUUCGAGAGAGCGGAUUCAGAAUACACGGACAAGUUGCAGCACUACACAAGCGGCCACAUGUCACCAGGAAUGAAGAUCUACAUUGAUCCAUUUACCUACGAAGACCCCAAUGAAGCUGUGAGGGAGUUUGCAAAGGAGAUUGAUAUCUCGUGUGUGAAAAUUGAGCAAGUCAUUGGAGCAGGAGAGUUUGGAGAGGUGUGCAGUGGAAACCUAAAGCUCCCAGGAAAGAGAGAGAUGUUUGUGGCCAUCAAAACACUGAAGUCAGGUUACACAGAGAAGCAGAGGCGAGACUUCCUGAGCGAAGCGAGCAUCAUGGGGCAGUUUGAUCACCCCAAUGUCAUCCAUUUGGAGGGAGUGGUGACCAAGAGCAGCCCCGUCAUGAUCAUCACUGAGUUUAUGGAGAAUGGCUCAUUGGACUCUUUCCUCAGGCAAAAUGAUGGGCAGUUCACUGUGAUUCAGCUGGUGGGCAUGUUACGAGGGAUCGCCUCUGGGAUGAAGUAUCUCGCAGACAUGAAUUACGUGCACAGGGACCUGGCCGCCCGCAACAUCUUAGUUAACAGUAACCUUGUUUGCAAGGUGUCUGAUUUCGGACUCUCCCGCUUCUUGGAGGAUGAUACAUCUGACCCCACCUAUACCAGUGCCCUGGGUGGGAAGAUCCCUAUUCGAUGGACUGCCCCAGAGGCCAUCCAAUAUAGGAAGUUCACCUCUGCUAGUGAUGUAUGGAGCUACGGGAUUGUCAUGUGGGAAGUGAUGUCGUAUGGAGAGCGGCCAUAUUGGGACAUGACCAAUCAGGACGUCAUCAACGCCAUUGAGCAAGACUACCGGCUACCCCCUCCCAUGGACUGCCCGAGUGCCCUCCACCAGCUCAUGCUGGACUGCUGGCAGAAAGACCGCAACAACCGGCCCAAGUUCAGCCAGAUUGUCAACAACCUGGACAAGAUGAUCCGUAACCCCAACAGCCUGAAGGCCAUGACUCCACUGUCAUCAGGUGUGCAUUUGCCCUUGCUUGACCGCAGUGUGCCCGACUUCUCUAGCUUUAGCACUGUGGAUGAUUGGCUGGACGCUAUUAAGAUGGGCCAGUACAAAGACAACUUUGCCAAUGGCAACUUCACCAGCUUCGACCUCGUUUCCCAGAUGACCAUGGAGGACAUUCUCAGGGUCGGAGUGACACUAGCAGGUCAUCAGAAGAAGAUCCUCAACAGCGUUCAGAUGAUGAGGGCCCAGAUGAACCAGAUCCAAUCGGUAGAGGUUUGACCACAUGCCACGAUUAGACUGGGAGGAGGACAAGAGGAGGCGGCGGAGAGCCAACGUGAAGGGAUGGGGCGGCAACCACAGACCCUAAGCCUGAUUUUCCUUCUGGACCACCUAGGAUAUGCACCUGCCCCCUCCUCCGAAACACUCUCCUUCUCCAUCUGUGACAUCUGAAUCCCCCAUUAACCCCCAGACACCCUAAUGGGCUCGACUCGGGAAAGCUGCGUCUGGAAAAUAUGGUCACAACACCUGAUCAUUUAGCUUUAGCCGCCACCAAUCACAGGAUCACCGUUCAGUUUGCCAGCAACUGGCUCCGCCCCCUUGAAUUUUCCUCUUACUUUUUCCAGUUUUAUUCUU